AUGUCCACUGAAACCGAAGAUACAUACUAUAGCUAUAAUGACUAUUGUUUUUAUAAAAAAAUUUUUGAUGAUGCACACUAUUAUUCAAAAAAAGAAUCAGUUAACAAAGAUAACAUUAUUAUUAAGUCAAUACACUCAAAAUUUAGAGAUCGUUUUAUUAAACUGUGUGCAACAAUAAAAGAUUAUUUAUCACAUUCAGAUAUUAAACAUUUGAGUGAUAUUACUAAUACAUGUAAAUAUAUUAAUUACCAUAUUAGAAGUGAUAUUAAAAACCAUAUGUAUUAUGAUAUAAAUGAUAAUUCUAAUAAUUUCAAGAGAUAUUUUCAAUUUGAUGAUGAAUUUAAAAAUAAUUCAUGUAUAUCGAAAAUAAAUUACAUAGACGAUAUAACAUUUAAUAAAAUGAAUAAACUAUACGAUCUUUAUGAUGCCUAUGCAGCUUAUUGUGACUAUAGGAAUUAUGAGAGUGUUCAAGAUAAUUGUGAGACGCUUGGUGAUGUAUUUGAUGAUUAUAAUGAUAUUAUAAAGAGUAAUAAAUAUGCAAAUAGCAUUUAUUUAUAUAAAGAAUUAAAAAAUAUUAAAUGUUUAAUUGAAAGGGAUCAUUUAAUUUAUUCAGGUAAAUGUGAUUCAAAAUUGAUAGAAUUCGCAUCACCUGAAGUUCCUGCUUUAGAAUAUGAAAAAACCAUGUAA